GUGACGUCAGCAACGUGCUGCCUCUUGACGUCGCAGCCAUGGAGGAAGUAAGAGUGUUCCCGCUGACCUGUGCGGUUCAAAACUAUGCAUGGGGAAAGAUUGGGCUGGACAGUGAGGUGGCCAAACUGGUGGUUGGCGGAGACCCCCUGGCAGUCAUAGAGGGGGACAAACCCUAUGCAGAGCUGUGGAUGGGUGCCCACCCCAAAGGUGAUGCUCAGAUCAAGGACAACAGGAUCGCCCAGACCACCUUGGGCCAGUGGAUAGCCCACUACCCCGCCUGCCUGGGCUCCAAGGUGAAAGACACCUUCCAGGGUCAGCUGCCGUUCCUCUUCAAAGUCCUGUCGGUCAAUACGGCUUUGUCCAUACAGGCCCACCCCAACAAGGAGCUAGCUGCCACCCUACAUGCUCAGUUUCCAGAGCACUAUCCAGACAACAACCACAAACCAGAAAUGGCAAUCGCUCUCACGCGCUUCCAGGGUCUUUGUGGCUUCAGACCAGUGGACGAGAUCCUGGGCUUCCUUCAAGCUGUCCCAGAGUUCCAUGCUCUCGUUGGCCGGGAUGCAGCAGAAGAGCUGCGGAGCAGCAUCGGUGAUGAUGUCCGGACCGGACGGGCCUUGAAGAAGUGCUUCACAAAGAUGAUGAGCUGUGAGAAGAAGGUGUUUGUGGACGAGCUGAACGAGCUGGUUAAAAGAGUCACGCAGGAAGGUGCAGCAGGGAAGGACACAUCAAGCAGCAACGGCGACCUGUUGCUCCGCCUCCAUUCCCAAUACCCAGGAGACAUCGGCUGCUUCUCCAUCUACUUCCUGAACUGUGUGGUCCUGGAGCCCGGCCAGGCCAUGUUCCUGGGGGCCAAUGAGCCUCACGCGUACAUCUACGGAGAUUGCAUCGAGUGCAUGGCCUGCUCAGACAACACCGUCAGAGCCGGACUGACGCGUAAAUACAUCGACGUAAACACGCUGUGCGACAUGUUGAACUACAAGCCGGCGUCUGCCUCCUCCAAAAUCUUCCCGUGUGUCUCGGACCCCGCAGACCCCUGUGUGACACUGUAUGACCCCCCGGUGCCAGACUUCACGGUCAUGAAGAUACAGGUGCCAGCCUCGGUGAAAGACUACAGCGUCGCCUCGGUUGACAGCGCCAGCAUCUUGCUGGUCAUCGAAGGCGACGCCACUGCGACCUCCGCCGCUGCUUUCUCCGACGUCACCAUGACGCGGGGAAGCGUCCUGUUCGUCUCGGCCAACGAGAGCGUGUCUCUGCACGUCACGUCGCAGUCAGGGAUGACCCUGUUCCGAGCCUGCAGCCUCCUGUAGCUCCUUCCGAGCACCGAUUGCCGCCACCGUCUCUUAGGAAGUUCUUCGUUCUCGAAUCGGGCCUCGGAUUUCUGGUGUUCACCACUUGGUAGGUGGUAUUAAAAACUUAAAAGAGGGUUUUCUCUGGUCCAGUUUUUCUAACUGAGUCUGUUGCUCCUUUUUUUUUUUUUUACUGUAAGCACCCAGCAGAUGAGGAUUCUGACGGUGUUUCUUACAAAUCCAGGAUCAUCCUGCAGGGUUAUAAUCAGCUUUAACUGGUAGUGUCGACGCAGCUUACAAAUAAAGAAACUGGGCACAACCCAAGUUCUGUAUCUCUGCUGGACAUUUAAGUGUUUAAACAGAACUCUUGUACCGUUUUAAAGAUUUCUAAUAAAUUAGCCACCGGAACGUUUUUAAACGUUUCCAAAACUUCAUUUAGUUCCCGUUUAUAAAAUCUUUUGUUUUUUUUCUUGACAUUAAAGGCAGUCAGGUAACAUCUGCUCCUUGAUGUGCUCAGAUUAAAAAACAAACAAACAAACAACUACUCUCAUUUCAAAUGUGUUUGAGCAUCAUUUCCUCCUACGAAGGUUUAAUUAAAUAAAAAUCCUGAAACAGCCAGAAAACAACAGUUUUAUCAUCAGGUAUUGCUGCAUUACAAAACGCUUACACCACCUACUGGUCCUGUGAGGUACUACAAUCACUGAGCAGCUAGUUGUCUUCCCGUGGAUCACUGAUGGUUUCCAGAAAGUCUCUCCUUUUUACCUGAUCUAUAAACAUUGUAAUGACAGUGUAGACGGGUAGCACAAUGCGAUUCCUGUGCAUGCUGAAUCGAGAGCCGCCGCCCAUCUGACUGGCCGGUUUUCUGCCGUUAUGCAGGCUGACCCGCCGGGUGUGAUGCUUUUGAUCACCAACAUUGCAUGCAUACGUUUUUUGGAAAUGUGCUGAUAUCUGAACAGUGACUGAAUAUAAAAAGAAGAGCUACAGGGUUGGACAGGUCGUUGGCCACACGCUGUCUCCAUGUGUGUUUUGAAUUUUAGCGUCUUGUUUGGUUUGACUAAAUAUGCAGUUGUCUGUGCUCGUACAACGAAACGCUGCAUGCCUGCCGGGGGGGGUUGCCGAGUUUGCCAGUCUUUAAGUAACUUAAAACUCCACUCUAGGGGUUUUCCAAGUCAUCCAAGUCUAAAUAAGUUUAGUUUUCUAUAAGUUUGGGACCCAGAAUGUCCUACAUUUUACCAUCUAGAAGAGUCAUAUCUCAUUAUCCUUGAGAUGACAAAAUGUAUAGCUAUUUUUUGGGAACAAUUUCUAACCAAUUUUAUAUUAAAGUAUUCAUCAUCUGCCUAGCUUACAAUGAGCUUUUUUUUGUGUUAGCAUAAGCUGCAUUGCUAUCAAGGUCUUUUUAUUUUCCAUGUGCAUUUUGAAGACAAUAAGGUUGACUGAAGCAGCAAAACUCAAGAAAACGUCCUACAUUUUGUAAAAAUAUAUCUUCUUUUUUUUCCUUUGACGCUCACUUGAUGUGGGUUUUUUUGAUUUUUGGAACAAGAAUUAAAAAGGCAGAUGGACACACAUUUGUCUAAAUCUUAUAUUUUCUUACAGUCGCGCGUAACGUCAGGAUCUGAAAAAAUAACGCUUGACGUGCCCAGAUAGAUUUGCGGGUGAAAACGGGCCUAAUUGGCAUUUCCAUUUUUGUCGAGAUCUAAAAAUUUUGCAUCAGAAUUGGAUAGAAACAUGGCUGUAGUCUAAAUCACUUUAAGAAAACCCCUGAUUUUAUUUGAAUUUCUCCUUAACAAAAUUCAAUAAUCUCAGUAUUUUUUUUGUUUUUUUUUAGCUGAUGCGGUGAGAAUUUUCCCUUGCCGGUCAAUCCAUUACGGUUAUAAUCCCCAGGUGUCAGGGCAGCAACACCGAAGGACUUGAUGUUGAUAAAACCACAAUAAUUACCCAUUUACCUGCAGUAUUUAUUUUGUUAUCUCAAGAAUAAGAUGCGAUAAUUCGAAGACGGCCUCAACUUGUCUCCACCUUUCAUGCAAAGCUCAGUCUGAAAACUGCUUCACUUUGGAGGAAAAGUUGUUGAGUUUAUGGAAGUCGGAUCCUGUGGGGGAAAAUUUGGAAAUUCAGAUUACUUGAAGGGAAAACCCAAAACGAGUAUUUCAACAUGAAUGCCGUCAUCCUGAACUACCUCCCAAAAAAAACAAACCCGAAUCAUUAAAGCUGCUUCUACAUGCAGGUUUUUUUGUGAAACACGUCUCUAAAUAGCUGCUCUCACGUCUCCGCUCUUUGUUACUGAAAUAAGAGAAGGAUGGGAAUACCUCAUGUCAGUGUUUCUCCUAAAAAAACUUUUACUGUCUCAUGUUCUGUAAUUCUGACGACAUAAUCGUCUCAUCAACAUUUCUUGUGUAUUUUUGAAGUUGCCUCUGUUACGCCUCUCUGUUUUCAGCAGUGUAGAUGGAGGGCUGUGCAGUGUUUCUGUCGGAGCAGCUGUGUGGGGGGGGAAAAUGUCUUGGAUUCCAGUUAGCGUUCAGAAGUUUUGUUGACUGUUGUACGGGAAUGCAGAAAAUAUGAAUGUGAAGUGGUUUAAUAAAAGUCUUGAUAUGCUACUGAAAAACUCA